AUGCACUUUCUACCUAUCUUCACGGUUGUACCGAUUGGUCCCGGUACGUGUACAGCACCAUCGGGCGAAGUUGGUAAUUGCAUACAAAGCAAAGAUUGUAUGUUGCGAGGUGGCAUACCAGCAGGUCCUUGCGCAGGUGGAUAUGGUUUAUGUUGUGUUUUUCUUCAAACUUGUGGCGGUAUAAUACGUGAAAAUUCAACAUACUUUGUUAAUCCCAAUCAUCCAGAUGUGUACGAUGGUACUGGCAGCUGUCAGGUCACAGUGCAAAAAGUGCACCCGGAUAUAUGUCAAUUAAGACUGGAUUUGGAUAUGUUUAAUAUUGCGCCACCAGAACCAGUUAAUCAUUUAUGCACACAAGAUCAAUUAUUGGUUUCCGGCGGCAGUCCGACACCAACUAUUUGUGGCUCAUCGGCCGGCGAUCACAUGUAUAUUGAUGCAGGAUUGGGCCAAAGUAAUCCUAUUCUACUCUCACUUAUAACAAGUGGCACAUUUCCACGAAUUUGGCGCAUACGCGUUACCCAAAUACACUGUGGCAGCAUAAGUCGUGCUGAUCAGGGCUGUUUGCAAUAUUUUACUGGCAUUAGUGGACGUGUACGUAGUUUUAAUUUUAAUACCAUUUCGGGUCGACAACUAUCGAAUCAAGAUUAUAGCAUAUGUAUACGCACAGAACGUAACUUCUGUGGCAUACAGUACAAUGCUUGUCCUGAUAUGGAAAAUAAUCGUUCACGUUCAUUCACCAUAUCGGGUAAUUCGAAUAAUCCCACUGGUACUAUGGUGGGCGGUGGCACACAAGUAACAACAAACACUUGCAUUAAUGAUUGGUUGCUUAUAGGUUGCAUACGUUCCACGGAUCGCAUACCACCGCCAAGCGCUUGUGAGGACCGUGUUUGUGGUGGCACUUUUAGUGCAGAAGUGGGCAAUUUACAGAAAACUGUGCAAUCGAGUGUGCGACCUUUUCGAUUAUAUUUUCAUGCAGACGGUAUUGAAGCACCCACCGAUAUGGACAAUCGUGGUUUCUGUUUGGACUACGUGCAACAGCCGUGCACAAAUGGCUUUUAG